AUGGUAGAGCUCCGCCACUCCAGUUCAAUCGGAAGCCGGGCCUCGACGGGGAGUUCGCCGAUGAAAAGGGAUGAUGUGUCCUUAGCUUCCUCCCCUUUGUCCCCGGCUAAUCUUCCGUCUUCACUGGCUGCCGCUGCCGUCGUCGACGAUGACGAUGAUGAUAAUAGGACUCGUCAUUCCAGAGAUCGCGGGCUCCGAAAUCUCUUUGCCAAUCAGUUGCAUUCCCUCUUCCCUUUUUCCUUCACCGACGACGUUAGGGUCCACACUCACAAUUCAAGGAUCUCAACUUUCGUGCUCCUCUUUAUUUGUUUCACCCUCAUCAUUUCCGUUUUUUCAGUCGUUAAUCGAUUGAACUCCCCAUAUCUCUGCAAGAAAGAUGGCAUUACUCUCCAUUGUCCAAGGGUGAAGGAGCAUCCUUCACUAUGGGAAAAUCCAUACUCGGCUACCACCUCGUGGAAACCAUGCGCCGAACGGCGUGUUGGUGUAUUUUCAGAUCUUCCUGCUGAGAAUGAAACAAAUGGAUACAUAUUUAUACAUGCUGAGGGUGGUUUGAACCAGCAAAGAAUUGCGAUUUGCAAUGCUGUAGCUGUGGCCAAGAUCAUGAAUGCCACCCUAAUUUUGCCAGUGUUGAAACAAGAUCAGAUAUGGAAAGAUCAAACGAAAUUUGAAGACAUUUUUGAUGUUGAUCAUUUUAUUGACUACUUAAAGGAUGAUGUGCGCAUUGUUCGGGACAUUCCUGAAUGGUUUACUGACAAAUCGGAGCUGUUCACGAGCAUAAAACGUACUGUGAAGAACAUUCCCAAAUAUGCACCAGCACAAUUCUACAUUGACAAUGUGCUACCUCGGAUCAAGGAGAAGAAGAUAAUGUCCUUGAAGCCUUUCGUUGAUCGACUUGGGUAUGAUAAUGUUCCCCAAGAAAUCAACAGGCUGAGGUGCAGGGUUAAUUAUCACGCUCUAAAAUUUCUCCCUGAGAUUGAGCAAAUGGCUGAUCAACUGGUAUCACGGAUGAGAAACCGCACCGCUGAUUCAAAUCCAUUCAUGGCUCUUCAUUUGAGGUUUGAGAAAGGGAUGGUAGGCCUUUCAUUUUGUGAUUUUGUGGGAACAAGAGUAGAGAAAGCUCUCAUGGCUCUGUACAGGCUUAAAGAAUGGCCUCGACGUUUCAAGGAUGGUUCACAUCUGUGGGCUCUAGCCCUCCAGAAGAGGAAGGAAGGCCGGUGCCCACUUGAGCCUGGAGAAGUGGCAGUGAUGCUUAGAGCAAUGGGUUAUCCCAAGGAGACUCAGAUAUAUGUUGCUUCGGGACAGGUCUAUGGCGGACAGAACCGCAUGGCACCAUUAAGGAAUAUGUUCCCGAAUCUUGUUACUAAAGAAGAAUUAACAACGAAAGCAGAGUUAGAUGGGUUCAGGAAGCACGUGACAAGCUUGGCAGCCCUUGACUUCUUAGUCUGUUUGAAAUCCGAUGUAUUUGUUAUGACUCAUGGAGGGAACUUUGCAAAAUUAAUAAUUGGAUAUAGGCGAUACAUGGGUCACAGGCUAAAAUCCAUCAAGCCCGACAAGGGACUUAUGUCCAAAUCAUUAGGGGACCCGUAUAUGGGGUGGGCUAGCUUUGUGGAAGAUGCUGUGGUCACACACCAGACCAGAACUGGAUUACCUGAAGAGACCUUUCCUAACUAUGAUAUCUGGGAGAACCCCUUGACACCUUGCAUGUGUAGAGCCUAA